AUGGUAAUUAGAGCAAUAAUUGCUUAUUCAGAUUAUAGAAUCCAAUAUUUGUUAUUGAUAAUAUUCCAAUAACCUUUAAAUCAUUAUAUAUUUUAUUCACUAAGAAAAAAAUCAUUUUCACAGUAAACUCAAGCUUAAUUAAUAAUUUAACAGAAUUCAUAAGAAUAAGUGAUAUGUUUAUCUAACGAAAGCAAAUAAGAUAAUUUAAAAUGUGAUUUGAAUGAGAGUGUAAUUGUUAAUUAAAUAGACUAUAAUUUUGAAUCUCCUAGAAUAUAAUAAGAACAUAAAUCAAUAGGCACUAACAAAAAUACUAUUGAACAAAGAAUUAUCAUAAAAAAACCUAUAAAUGUGUGGAAAACAACAACAAACUCUUCCGAUUCCCCUUAACAAGAACCUAUAAAGAUAGAAAACAAUAUGGACUCUAAAUAUUCCGAUUUAGUUGCAAUAAUGAGUAAUCUUCCCUUUGGAAUCCUUUUUGUUGAUUAACAGCUAACGAUUUUAGAAUAUAAUUAAAAAGUGACUUCAUUGUUAGGAAUUACAAAUCCUAAUAAAAUAAUUCCAUUUCUAGAUGAAGCCAUUAAAAAGUAAAUAAUAUAAAUGAUUAUAACAGAAGUGGAGAAAUUUAAGAAGUACGUUCUGCAAAAAAAAUUAAAAAGUCUUUGAGUAAAUCCCCAAAAAAAUCAUAUUUUCACCAACAACCUUCCAUUAAUCUAUAAAAAAGAUAAAAUGAUGAGUAGAUAUCGGAUUUAGCUUCUCAAUAUUAUAAUUUUGGGUCCCAAUCUAGAAUGGACAAUGAAAGCUAGUAGGAAGGAAAUUUAAAGUCAAUAUUUUAAAAGUUUUAGAAGAUCAACUAAAGUUAAUAAACAGCUGCUUCCAGGGAAACUUUUUAGUUUAUUUUAAGAUUAGAUUCUAUGGAAAAUUCUUAUUGUAAAUCUAAAUAUAAGAGUUUAAAACUAAAGAUUUUUUAAAUUGAUGGGAAUGGAUUAUGGGAACAAAAUGUCUAUUUAUUUUUAUUAGAAAACAUUACAAAGAGAGAGGAACUUAAAUUGCUUAAUCAUAAAUAUAAAUUUCAAUAAGCCCUUUUAAAUUCAUUAUGUCAUGAAUUAAGAACUCCAAUUAAUGGUGUCAUUUCUUAAUUAUUUGCAUUAAAAGACGAAUUGAUUACUGAUUUAAUUCAAUCACAUUUAAAUCCUGCAAUUGUAUCAACUAAGAGAUUAUAAUACUAAUUAAAUGAUAUUUUGGACUAUGCUUAGAUUUAGUGCAAUGCCUUAACUCUAAAUAAAUCUUACUUUAAAUUGGAGGAAAUAUAUUAAUNUACACUUAGUAUUAGUAUACAUGGUAAUUAGAGCAAUAAUUGCUUAUUCAGAUUAUAGAAUCCAAUAUUUGUUAUUGAUAAUAUUCCAAUAACCUUUAAAUCAUUAUAUAUUUUAUUCACUAAGAAAAAAAUCAUUUUCACAGUAAACUCAAGCUUAAUUAAUAAUUUAACAGAAUUCAUAAGAAUAAGUGAUAUGUUUAUCUAACGAAAGCAAAUAAGAUAAUUUAAAAUGUGAUUUGAAUGAGAGUGUAAUUGUUAAUUAAAUAGACUAUAAUUUUGAAUCUCCUAGAAUAUAAUAAGAACAUAAAUCAAUAGGCACUAACAAAAAUACUAUUGAACAAAGAAUUAUCAUAAAAAAACCUAUAAAUGUGUGGAAAACAACAACAAACUCUUCCGAUUCCCCUUAACAAGAACCUAUAAAGAUAGAAAACAAUAUGGACUCUAAAUAUUCCGAUUUAGUUGCAAUAAUGAGUAAUCUUCCCUUUGGAAUCCUUUUUGUUGAUUAACAGCUAACGAUUUUAGAAUAUAAUUAAAAAGUGACUUCAUUGUUAGGAAUUACAAAUCCUAAUAAAAUAAUUCCAUUUCUAGAUGAAGCCAUUAAAAAGUAAAUAAUAUAAAUGAUUAUAACAGAAGUGGAGAAAUUUAAGAAGUACGUUCUGCAAAAAAAAUUAAAAAGUCUUUGAGUAAAUCCCCAAAAAAAUCAUAUUUUCACCAACAACCUUCCAUUAAUCUAUAAAAAAGAUAAAAUGAUGAGUAGAUAUCGGAUUUAGCUUCUCAAUAUUAUAAUUUUGGGUCCCAAUCUAGAAUGGACAAUGAAAGCUAGUAGGAAGGAAAUUUAAAGUCAAUAUUUUAAAAGUUUUAGAAGAUCAACUAAAGUUAAUAAACAGCUGCUUCCAGGGAAACUUUUUAGUUUAUUUUAAGAUUAGAUUCUAUGGAAAAUUCUUAUUGUAAAUCUAAAUAUAAGAGUUUAAAACUAAAGAUUUUUUAAAUUGAUGGGAAUGGAUUAUGGGAACAAAAUGUCUAUUUAUUUUUAUUAGAAAACAUUACAAAGAGAGAGGAACUUAAAUUGCUUAAUCAUAAAUAUAAAUUUCAAUAAGCCCUUUUAAAUUCAUUAUGUCAUGAAUUAAGAACUCCAAUUAAUGGUGUCAUUUCUUAAUUAUUUGCAUUAAAAGACGAAUUGAUUACUGAUUUAAUUCAAUCACAUUUAAAUCCUGCAAUUGUAUCAACUAAGAGAUUAUAAUACUAAUUAAAUGAUAUUUUGGACUAUGCUUAGAUUUAGUGCAAUGCCUUAACUCUAAAUAAAUCUUACUUUAAAUUGGAGGAAAUAUAUUAAUAAUUGUAAGAACUAUUUAAUUUCGAAUGUAUAUAGAAGUAGAUCUAACUAGUGAUCGAGGAUGAUCAUUAAAUCAGAUUGCAUACAGAUAAAGAGAGAUUGCUGAGAGUUUUCAUUAAUUUACUUGAUAAUUCGGUUAAAUUUACAAAUAAAGGAGGGACAAUUAAAGUAUCAUCAGAGAUAAAUAAAGAUCAAUUGAAAUUCAUUGUAUAUGAUAAUGGAUAAGGUAUAAAGGAUGAAAUCAUAGAAAAAAUUGAAGAAUAGGCAGAAAUGUUAUUCCAAGACUCCAUUUAAUACCAUUCUAAUAAAUUAGGAUUGGGAUUGAGAAUCUCGAUGUUACUUUCAGAUUACUUAUAUAAAGAGCAAAAGUUUUAGAUAGAAUCUACAUUUAAUUAAUACACUAAAAUAAGUUUUAGAUUAUCAAAUUUUAUUGAAAAUUACUCUUCAGAAUUUUAGAUGGGCUUUUAAUUAUCUAUGCUAGAAAAUAAUUGUAGUUGCAGUAAAAUAUUGAUUGUUGAUGAUAUAAUUUGUAAUCAUAUCGCACUUUAGGUUUUACUAAAAAAAUUUAAAGUGAAAACUGAUAGCGCUUAUAAUGGCAAUUCGGCUAUAGAGUUAGUAGAACAGAGAUUGAAAUAAUAAUGCUGCCAGACUUAUCGAUUAAUUUUUAUGGAUAUAGAAAUGCCAUAGAAGAAUGGGUUUCAAGCAUCUUCGGAAGUAUUAUAAAAUAUCAUCAAUUUAGAUAUCUUAAAAGUUAAUGUAAAAUUCUCUCAAUGAAAAAUGUAUAAUUACUAUGUAUUCAGCGUAUUCUGGUGACGAUGAUGUUCUGAUUGCGAGUUAAUGUGGAAUGAAAGAAAGAAUUUCGAAACCUACAGACAUCCAAAAAUUGGAGCACAUUAUUAGGAAGUAUAUACUUUGA